GAAAAGACAACAAAACAAAGCAUGAGACCGCCACGGAAUGAAUUCGGAAAGAAAUGUGGCGAUCACAGAGAUUAUUUCGGAAGCUGAAGCUAGAAAGUGUUGUUAUUCAGCGUCGAUGGAUGAGCACGGUGAUGAGUUUCGGCGACGGAACCCACGGAGCACUCGGUUUACCAACAACCACCGUCGGUAUAGGAACACAUGCAUACGAACCAACACCAAUUCCAUCUCUUCCUUCCGACAUUCUCACCGUCCACGCCGGUCACUACCACUCCCUCGCAACCACUUCCCAAGGUCAUCUUUGGGCUUGGGGUAGAAACAACGAAGCCCAGCUGGGCCGUGGGCUUUCCUCUAGAGAAACUUGGAAUGAGCCUAGAAGAGUGGAGGGGUUGGAACAUGUGAAUGUUUGUGGUGCUUUUGCUUCCGGUGUUGUUUCGUGUUGUGUUGGUGAUGAUGGGUCUGUUUGGGUUUGGGGGAUGUCCAAAAGGGGACAGCUUGGACUUGGAAAACAUGUUACUGAAGCUGUUGUGCCUUCUAGAGUUGAAGCACUUUCUCGACAAAACGUAGUUAAGGUCUCGUUUGGUUGGGGACACGCUCUUGCAUUAACUGUGGAUGGCAAGUUGUUUGGGUGGGGCUAUUAUGCAGAUGGAAGGAUAGGGAAUAUGGGGAAUGAUCACUUGGAGUCAUCUACAUUAGAUUCCAGUUCAAGUGCAUUUUCAAACAACACACAAAUCACGAGUUCAGACCUGGAAGUUGCUGAAAAGAAAGUCUUACAAGGAAUGGCGGAGGAGACUAACAUGCCAAUAAUAUGGGAACCUCGCUUGGUGGAAGAACUGCGUGGCAUUCAAGUUGUGGACAUUGCAUGUGGCCUUGAUCACUCUUUAGUUCUUUGCCGUGAUGGUGCCCUCUUGAGUUCUGGAAGUAACGUGUAUGGCCAAUUGGGGCGAGCUAGAGAAGAUUUGGGAUUUUUUCCUGUGGACAUAAAGUUCACUCCUGUUUCCGUAGCAGCGGGGCUUGGCCACUCUUUGGCAAUAUGCCAACUUGAUGAAUCAGAUAGUAAUGUCACUUUGGGGACUACAGAUAUUGCUUCAUGGGGGUGGAACCAGAGUUCUCAGCUAGGACGGGCAGGGCCUGCCUAUCUUCCUGCCUUGAUUGAUGCGUUGGCUGGGGAAAAUCCGGUUUCAGUUUCAGCAGGGCGUGCACAUUCGGUUGCUCUCACAUCAAAAGGAGAAAUGUGGGUCUGGGGAUCUGGUAAAAAUGGUAGACUUGGACUGUCAAGUUCUGUUGAUGAAGAUGAGCCGUUUUACCUGGAUUCCUUAGAAGGUUUUCAAAUUUUGCAGGUGGUGUCUGGGUUUGAUCACAAUCUGGUUCUUGUUGCUGGCUGAUCGUCUUCAACAAAUGCCUUAGUGCUAGGUUCAGUAAAUUUAGUAACCAAAAUAACAGAUAAGAAAAUAACAUAGGAAAGAGUGUACAAGGACGAAGUUGUGUCCCUUUUAAGUUCAAAGAUGUGUCUCUUUUAAGCUUAAACUAAAGGGUGGAGUCUUGAAACAAAUCCAAGCACUCCCUUGGUCCAAUUGUAAAUAAAUGUUGUUGUUACUUUUUUGGAGAUCUUAUGUGAUACUUAAGCUUAAACUUCAUCGUACAGUUUCAUACAAACACUUGAGAGUUGAGACUCA